AUGGGGCCCCCGGGCAAUAGGGGAUCAUGGGGCCCCUGUGUCCUUGCCCAAACUCAAAAAAGCCUAUGAAAAAGGUACCAGGGGCAUCUCAUGGGGCCCCCUACUGACCCCGGGCCCUCAGGCGGUGCCCUAGUUCCCAAAUGGUCAGUCCGCCCCUGGUUGGCAGCAGAAGUUUGUAUUAUCUCGUGUAGCUCCUGUUUGAUGAAUUUUAUGAAACGCCAUUUUGAUUCACAGAAUUGUUGGAAAAUUGGAUUUUUUUCAUAUUUAUUCCUUUUUUCUUUUAUAGAGCCAGUUCCCCCGGCCCGACCGUCAAGGUAAGCGCAGUGCAUUGUAUACUGGAA